AUGUCUGCCCCGAGAUUUAUUCAGCGCGUCAUGCGCCCCGCGCCAUCCUACACCUUGAAGGCCAUCAAUCGUUCAUUCGGCACAUCGGCUCUGCGUUUCAAGGAUCCCGAUGUCAACGACCGGGCUCCCUCGACUGCCCAGGGACACCGUGAUGCCCAAACCAAGAAGACCCCCAAUCCGGUCGUUCCCAAUACGACUUCCACAAUGACCAAUGACUUCCCCUAG